UAGUCUUUUCUUCAUAUAGUUUAGUCUUCAGAAAAAAAAAAAAAAAAUAGAAUGAGCAAAUUGUGGGAAAGAACGUGUUGAAUAGUUUGGGGAUAACAUUAAACACUUUCUUUCUUCUAAUCAAUUAAUCAUCAUCAUCAUCAUCAUCAUCAUCAUCCCCAAGUCUUUUUCCUUUUUUUUCCAAUCAUUCAUCGUUAUCUCCAAAGCUUCGUUGAUUAUCUCCAAUCUUCUGAAAAAGUCCAAUGGAUCAAAGGCCUCUGGGAUUGCUAACGAUCCACGUCAAAAAAGGUAUUAAUCUCGCCAUUCGCGACCACAGAAGCAGCGAUCCUUAUGUUGUUAUCACCGUCGCCGACCAGAUAUUGAAGACGCGUGUGGUGAAGAAAAACUGCAAUCCUGUAUGGAACGAAGAGAUGACCGUUGCUAUCAAAGAUCCCAAUGUUCCUAUCCGCUUGACAGUGUUUGACUGGGACAAGUUUACUGGAGAUGACAAAAUGGGAGAUGCAAACUUAGACAUUGAACCUUACUUAGAAUCUCUCAAAAUAGGAAUGGAGCUUUUGAAGCUACCUAAUGGAUGCGCUAUCAAAAGGGUUCAGCCCUCCAGGCACAACUGUUUAUCUGAUGAGAGCAGCAUCGUGUGGAACAAUGGAAAGAUCACGCAAGACAUGAUCCUUAGGCUCAACAAUGUCGAGUGCGGCGAGAUUGAGAUCAUGCUUGAAUGGCAUGAAGGUGCUGGUUGCAGAGGUAUCACUUCCAAAGGAGUAGGUGAGGGCUCUUCUUACUCUACCUAAAAAAAAAGAAUAUGCUUGUUCUUCUUGUUGAAUGAAUGAAUGAAUGAUCGAUUGUUGUUUCCAUAUGUAUUAGAUAAAUCGUGUAUUUCUUUGAUGACCAUACUAACCGAGAAACAAUCUCGAAACUUUUUUUUUGUAUCUCUUCUUCCAUUUGAAUGUCUUUUGAUUGUGUA